AUGGUCGAGUCUUCAUAUACCACCACCCCGCAACUCUCUCGGUUCGAGAAUCUCCCCCCAGAACUGACAAACACGAUUAUCGACCUACUACCCCCAGACUCUCUUGCCUCUAUUCGCGUCUGCUGGCCUCUUCUCCAUAGGGUAAUUCUGUCUCGUCAGUUCAAAACAAUCCGUGUUACAUUCGCUGAAAGGGAUAUCGAGAGACUGCAAGCGGUUUCGUCGACUUAUCCUUACUAUGUCCAAGAACUUGUCUUUACCACGGCCCAAAGUCGUGACACGCACAGCGACAGAUGCAGGCAAGUCUCUACAGGCGGCAAAUACCAGAAAUACAUCCAAGACUAUCGACGCAGGUUCUUGGCUUGUUUCGAUUCUCUGCCCAACCUGCACACUUUUACGUCUGAGCUGGGUCCUAUCAGUGGAACUGCCACGAAAGAACAUAUUGAGGGGCUUGUGUAUGCCAUAUUCCCUGCUCUAUGCCGCUCUUCGUCUCGAAUUACAACUCUUAGAUGCCAAGACCCCUUGAACUAUAUGCGUUGGUUCUUGUCCAAGGUCAGGGCAACUCGGGGCCCUCCUGAAGGGAUGAUCAAGGCUAUUCCAAGAAUAUGCACCGGGGACAUUUGUACUUGCUGGCAAAGCAGUCCCCAGCUUUCAAGGCUGAGCUCGUGUACCGUCCCGUCGUCUGGCAGGGAGACCGUUUGGAUAUAUCCCAGGAUCCCCUGGGAGUGGAGGACUGCCUUGCGAGGACUCACGACCCUUGAUCUGCAGAAUGACACGGCUGGCGGUAGCUGGAAUUGCUUUGAACAACUCGGUGAUAGACUUGUUUACUUCCUUGAGGGAGCUGUCAACCUGCAAGAGUUGUCAGUCAGAUGGAGACGGACUGAUCAAAUUGGAUCUGCCGGCCGUCCUCUUAUUCACUCCGGUUGGCAGUUGGAGCAUAUUUUCCGCGGAAGAUGGAAAAGUCUCAAAACCAUCAAGCUCACCUUCAUCCAAUUCACAUUCUCCGCCAACCCUUUCAAGACCUUCAUUCGACGCCAUUCAUCAACUCUACGACACAUCAUGCUUCACAACUGUCGCAGCGACCCAGAAGUUAUUCGCAUUAUCAGGUUUGCUGCUUCGUGCCCUGAUGUAUAUCUUCAUCGGUUCGCUGUCUUUCCAGCGCAUGAGAGCCACCCAACGGUUGAACUCCUGGAUGAGUCAUAUCCAGAUAGGGAGCAAGUGGUUGUCGAGAAACCUCGCAUUGUUCCAGAGAGUGCGGUACUCAGUUUCAUCAACAGCAAGGACCCUCAGCACCUCGAUCCGUUUGCAGCGUGGAAACCCCUCGAGUACGAGUAUUGGGGAACUGUCGAGCAGAAGGCUGAGUUGACUUCAAUAAAAUGGCCUCAGAAUAACGGGAUGGCCGUAAAGUGCAAGCAGUGCAGUGACUAG